AAAUAGAACUAUCGAAAAAUUCGAUAGAUGUUUUUCGAUAGCGCAUUUAUUCAUACCAUAUGGAUUGUGUAAAAGUGUAAUUCGCGAUUUACUUUAAUUGGCAUGUACUGCUCACAAUAUGGUUACUCAUGCAGUUUUCACUAUGGCGACAUAAUCAUUGACGUAUGAAGCUUAUAUAUUCAUGAAUAUAAUUUUUUAAUCGAUCUGUUAUACUACGUCUACAUGUUCUGUAUUUACUAUAGAUAACUACAACAGUUUAGUAAUUUCUAUUCAAUAUUUUGAGUAAUUUUAGUAUGAAACCAUUAGUUUAAAGCAAGUGUUACAUAUCCUUGAAAUGGGAAUGAACAAGAGAACAGCGCUGCUUUCAGCAGCAAUUAUAACAUUUGGACUUGGUACACUAUAUUUGGGAUUCAAUAUGAAACAUGAACGUCCUCCCAUUGAUUCUAACAGUUGGGAUCUAUUAAUAUUCACACAAUCAUGGCCAAAAACUGUAUGUUAUACGUGGAAAAUUCAUAAUGCUUCACAUGAAUGUUACUAUCCACCAAAAAAAAAUAUGUGGACCAUACAUGGUAUAUGGCCUACCAAAAUUGGAACAUUGGGUCCAGUGUUUUGUAACAAAUCAGUAGUAUUUAAUCCUGAUUUCAUCUACAGCAUUAAAGAUAAAUUAAAUGAAUAUUGGACCGAUAUUGAAUUACUACCUAGUAAUACUACAGAAACUACAUUAUUAAAUGCUUCUAAUUUAACUUUAUCUCAUAAAAAAGAAAGUAUUUGGGCUCAUGAGUGGGUAAAACAUGGUUCAUGUGCUAUGUCUCUACCAGCCCUAGACUCUGAAUUUAAAUAUUUUUAUCAAGGAAUAGAAUGGUCUGAGAAAUAUAACAUAGAAAACAUUUUAGAAAAAGCUGGUUUAAAAAUAAACAGUACAUCAAAUUUUGUUACUGAUUAUUGGAAAGCUGUUAAGUCAGUUUUGAAAACAAAUUCAUAUGUUCACUGUGUGUAUAAAAGUGAUACAAAGGAACAAUUAUUGGGAGAAAUAAGAAUAUGUUUUGAUAAAACUUUAACAUUAAUUGAUUGUGAUGGCAUCAUGAAGUUUCGAAGGGGAAACAGCAAAGCAGCUCACUUAUUAACUGAUUGUGAUGUGAAAAAACCUAUUUUGUAUUUGGAUUACGUUCCCGAACAUAAUAUUUCUAUAAAUUCUAAUUCUACGAACUCAAAUUCUACUGAUAAUGAAAACUCAUUAGUGCUAUUCAGGUCAAAAAGAAAAGUAAAUGAGUGGACAACUAUAAAGCCUCAAAAUUUUAACAGAUCAAAUUCUUAUCAGCCUCGUACAAAUUCUACAUUUCAUCAAAAUUUAAUUCGAUCAAAUUCGUUCCCAUAUAUUCAACGCAAAGAAUGGGAUAUGUUAAUAUUUUCUCAGUCAUGGCCCUAUACUUUUUGUCAUACUUGGACUGUUAAUUCAAAUACUCACACAUGCAACUUACCAGCCAAUCGCAAUCAGUGGACAAUUCAUGGAAUAUGGCCAACUAAAAUUGGUACAGAUGGUCCAUCUUUUUGCAACAAUCAUUCAUCAUUUAGGUUAGAUCUUUUGGAUAAAAUUAUUCCUGAAUUACACAAUCGUUGGACUGAAAUAAAAGGAUCAAAAACAUGGACAAAAAAACAAGAAGGAGGCCUGUGGAAACAUGAAUGGAUGAAACAUGGAACAUGUGCUCAAUCACUUCCUGCUUUAAAUUCAGAACUAAAAUAUUUCAAACAAGGAUUAGACUGGUCUAAACAAUACCAAUUAAGUGAAUUAUUGAGUAAAGGAGGCAUCAAGCCUGGUGGCACGUAUCCAGUAAAUCAGUUUUGGCUUACUUUAAAAACUGGAUUGGGUAAAAAUCCACGUAUAGAUUGUUAUACAGAUAAGGAUUCUAAAAAGGUUUAUAUUGAUGAAGUGCGUUUAUGUUUUCAUAAAACAUUGGCAUUGAUUGAUUGUGAUACAUUCAGAAGAAAUAAUAAUAAACCAUACACUAAUUGUCCAUUGAAUCAAGAAAUACAUUACAUCGGAGCUGUAGUUUAAUUUUAAAAUAUUUAUCUCUCAAUUAAAUCAUUUAUAUAUGAAAUAUUUUACUCUUUAUAACUAAUUAGAUAAAAUUAAGUGCAAUUCAAGAUUUUUUUUAAAUAAAUAAUGUAAUUUAUAACUUAUAUGAUAAUCAUUUUAUCAUAUUAGUACCAACUUUUAUUCUAUUGUGAUUUUAUGUGUUAUUUUAAGUAUUAUUUAAUUUCUUUAAUUUUUGAUUGGAAUUCUUUUAUCUAUGUAGUUUCUUAGAUUAUUCUAAAUAUUAUGAAUUCUAUAAUUAAUAGAUUUGUAUAGUUUCCUUUAUUAUUGUGAAUAUUAUGAAUUGCAUAGUUAAUAGAUUUGUGCUUGAUUCCUUUAGUUCCUUGUAGCUAUCCUUUCUCAUGUCAAUCAUGAUUUGUUUCAUAUAUUUCAUCCUUGGCCUUCCUCUUCUAAUAUAACCUACGUGUUGCCUUCUAUAGUAUUCUUUGUUAAGAUAUCAUAGAGUAGUGUAUGUGCCCUAUUAUUUUGUCUCUACUAACCUUAAUAUUAUGCCGCAAUUGUCGUUUUUCAUUUACUCUAGUUUAUAUAUAUAUAUAUAUAUAUAUAUAUAUAUAAAUUUAGUCUAUUCAAUAAAAUAGUUUUGCAAUUUUAA